GAAAGUGUAACCCCGCCCACUUUACCUCAGAAAGCCGGUUUGUCAAGAAAAGCGCGUUUGCUAACACGAACAGCUGAUUCACACGCCGUCAUGAGAAGAAUGUGUUUGUUUGAACACGUAAUAGUUCCUUUUUCUAUGAAAAUGAGAUGGAUUAAGAGGAAAAGUUAGACCUUAAAUUAAGUUUUCUUGGAGUGGAGACGAGCAUGCAGUCAAUUCUGAGGGAAAACAGGAAUAAAAAUCCAUCCCGCAGCUCAGCUCAGUUCAGCACAUAAAAAAAAACAGUUGUGGUCAGAGAGCUUCCGCUCUCCUCCAUCUAAAACACAACUGAAGUGUUUCCUGACUGAAGCACAACGAUCUCAGAGUGCAGCUGAACCGUGUUCCAGCUACAGCAUGAAGACUGUUCUUUUGUUCUAUCUUCUUGUGUGCUGUGGAGCUGCAGAAGGUUUCACAGAGAAGUUGGUGGAUUUGGGACAAAAUGUGACUUUACAGUGUGAAGUGGCUGUAAGACAUGUGUCCUGGUACCUGAUGAAGCAAUCAGAACCUCCAGUGUAUAUUUUACUCUCUCCCUCAAGUAUAAUUCUGAAUCCAGAAUACAGUAACCAGACCUUCAGAAAGAUUUUCUCAGUGCAAUACAACAGCAGUUUAUUUAUACACAAUAUCAGUACUAAUGAAUUAGGAGUGUAUCAUUGUAUUCAUUGUGGUUCACCUCCUAACAUCAGCCGUGGAAUCAGACUUUACACCCAGAAUCAUGCAGCUGCUUCAGGUUUAAAAAAUCAGACGAGUAAACCUGACCAUCAGCAGAGUGAAGAGAAUGGAUUGACCCUUUUGCCGUUUCUCAUCGUAUCAGUAAUAAUAAUCUGCAUUCUGAUCAUCACAGUUACAGUUUUUGUGGGCCGUCGAUGUCGAAGGCCUCCGAAAACCCGAGAGCAGCCUUCAGAUCCAGGCGUACAGUCGGGUCAGAACAGCGCCGAGCUCGUGUACUCAGAGGUGAAGUUCGUCUCGAAUAAAGGACGCGCCAAGACCAAGAACCUCAACAGCACGUACGCUCUCCUGCACCUCCCGAACCAGUGAAUCCCGAGAGAUCUCCGAGUGAUCCCCAAGUGAUCUCCAGAGAUCCUUAAGUGAUCCCCAAAUUAUUUCCGAAUGAUCCCCAACUGAUCCCCGGAGAUCCCCGACUGACUCCACACAUUGUAUGAACUUUAUAAAAUGUAUCUUGUAGAAGCUUCAUUUCUUCCGCUAUGUAACAGACGAUUCAUGUACUGGAAGUAAAUGUAAAAAAAAUGUAUACUAAAAAAAUUCAGACGAUUUGAUUCACAAGAACAAACCAAUCAAAUUAAUCCAAAAGAAACUAAAUGUAUCUUUUUUUUUUUAGAUUGUUUUUACUAUUAUGAACAUCGACCAUUUUGCUUAAUGUAUUUUAACUUUUUUUGUGGUGUCGCGUGUCGUCUGGCUCGUCCCGAGAAAUGCACUUAGAAAUGCCCCAUAAUGCACUUAGAAGCUUUUCAGAAUGUAAACUAUACAGUUACACUGCAUUUCAGUUCAGACAGAGUUGGAAGUUCAGGAAGUUGAAAAUCGUGUCACUUCCUUACCGACAACUUGACGAGAAAACCACAGACUGCUGCUGCAUACCAUCAGACUACAAUGAGUGUUUAAAUGUAAAGGUUUACAACAUGUAAAAUUUACCUGAUUAUGAGCUAUAAAGUUAUAACCUGUUGUUCGAAUGCAGCUUUCGGAAAACGCUUACAAUAAUCUAAAGUUCUACUAAUAUUGCUCUAUUCUACUCACAUACCUCACCAAUA